ACUGGAGAGGCUACGGCGAGCGGCCCGCCUCCAUGGCCACCUCUAGCCCGCGAAAGUUCAAAGUUUAUCUGUUCAGUCGACAGGAGUGAGCUGUGCGAGGCAGACCUGGUCAGGACUCGGUGGAGGCACAAGCCCAUCGCCUCGCCACAGCUACACUCACCCCUUCAUCCCCUCCAUCACCCUCGCCAUAACACAAGGAAGCACACAGACAGCAUGAGGUGUAGCGACGGUCUCCCGCUGCUGCUGCUGGUGGUGCUAGCGGUCGGGACGCUAGGCUCCGGUCUCAAGAUCAACCGUCAGCGACGUCAGGCGACCCAGUGCCAGCCUGGCGAUAUUUCGUGCGAGAAGUGCUCGAAGUCAUGCAGCAGCGUGGAGGUGUCUCUUCUCCCAGAGUGUUGCGAAGCCUACAACACCUGCUGCGACGAGUAUUUCCAAGCCUGCAAGAAAUGUUCGAGCAUAACAGCCAAAGACCAAUAUUUCCCUGAGUACUGCUGCGCCUCCUUCACCGACUGCUGCCAUCUUAUUACCACCUUCAGCACCCAGGUUAAGCCACCUGAGCCGGUGAGGACUCCGGCUAAAUCCGCCUCGCUAAACAUCCCGACGGUGGCGGCCCCGAAGCCGGUGAGGUUCCCGGGCCUGAAGUCCUCGGAACCAGGGAGGCCCAAGAGCCAGAGUGCCGCGACGCUAGACAAUGCCAAGGUCUCACAGCCAGGGGCGCCCAAGAGUCAAUUCUCCCCGACGCUCCACGACAACGAAGGAGCAGCAUCCGAAGCCAAGGACACCGCCGUCUUCGAUGCGUUUCAACCCCCGGAAAUCGAACCAGAAGUAGUGAAGCCGGCACUUUCCCAGCCCCCGGUUUCCCGACCUCCGGUGUCCCGACCUCCGGUGUCCCAGGCUCCGGUGUCCCAGGCUCCGGUGUCCCAGGCUCCUGCUCAGCGCGGCAGGAAGGCUCCGCCACAAGCCAGGGCUCAACCCAGACCUCGACAGCGGCAGCAAGGUGGCCGUCGACCAGCACAGGACCUGGGCGACAGACGAGGUCGCAUCACCUCCCGUGGGCGAGUCAUAUCCUAGUCCCAGCUGGUACUUCUAAGACUAGCUGGCUCUCGGCCCAGCUGGUUCUCCUAUCCCCAUCUAGUUCUCGCCCAAGCUGGCCUUCAGCGCGCUGGCUCUCUUCAGCUGGCCCUAUUGGGUUCAUCUUCCUAGCUCUCCGGCUUCUAAUUGUAAAGUGGACUUCUUGAACCACCUUGCGUUAGAGCCCAGCUGGCCUCUCUCUCUCUCUCAGCAACCAAGUCUGGUCUCCUAGCUCAAGAAGGCCCUCCGCAUCCUCUUAGUUCUAGGUGGCUCUUCUUACUGCCCUGGUCUCCAAGUUCUAAGUGGCUCUACAUAGCCUUCCAGUUGCAGGUCUCAGACCCUUGGCUUUCUAAUUCCAGAUGUUCAUCAACGCGCCAGCAAUCCGAGCGGUCUCGAUACCAAAAGUUCUCAUCUCGAUUUAAGUCCAUCUCAACUCGCCUCUUCCCUCCAGUGAUGAUAUUUUCAGAGACAACUGCACUCAUCCCAGACAGAUUAUUUUUUUUGUAUAGUAUUUCAAUGUUUGUUGGCUAUAUAUUUCAGUAAAACCUCGAUAGUUGUCAUACACCAUUUUCGUUGAUAAUGUUGAACUAAAUUCGUCUCUAGGAUUUUCUGGACAUGAACUCUAAUUUACUCUCAUACAUUGUGUACAUAGCAUCAUCAACAUCUGGAUAACUACCUGUCUCUGUUUUUGAGGAGUUUGUACGUCCUUGUGAGGCUUUAUAUAAAUUUCUGCCUUUCGGGGCUAUCUUACCAGACAGCCAAAUUCAUCAAUUUAAUUCAUCAAUGUUCCUCCGUAGAUUGGUUCUCCAGCGUCACCCACAGAUGGUGACACAAUGGCAUUUGAUAGUUGCAAGUGAAGUUGCUGGCCAAGAUACAUGUUGAUAUGACUUAUCACUUCCGACGUAACGCUAAUGACGCCCCUAUCUUCAUAAACCACCUGAUGUUACAGAGAACACCUUAAUAUGAUGCUUCUCCAGACUUCACUAGCCACUAAACAUGCGUAUUAUGUUACCAUCUAAGACUAGGGUCCCCCCAACAUCACCGUCUCGUCUUUUAAAGUUAUUCCCUCUUGACUGUUGAAUUCUGUGACAGUUUCCCUUGGUACUCUUCUGUUACUUGUAUGUUUUCUUCGUAACACGUUAUCCAACCACCUAUUGUUAUCUCCUGUUUCCAUCUGUUGUCAUCUGUUUCCACCUGUUACUCGUGGUGAUUCCUGCCAGCCCAGAGAGGCGUUCCUACCAGCCACAUCCCAAACCUCUUGCCAUUCCAGUCUGGCAACUUCCUACUAUCAAACUGAAAGUCGUCAUAAUAAACAUCUAUAAUUCC